AUGGCGAGCCCCUACCCACCUUCAACCAUGAAAGCAUGGCAAUACACCAGCACCAAAGGCGGCCUCGCCCAAAACCUCAGAAUUAACCCCGAAGCCCCCCUCCCGAAGCCCAAACCGAGCCAACAUCUCGUCCAAGUGCUCGCCGUAGCACUCAAUCCCGUCGACUACAAACCCGCCGAGAUCACUCUGAUCAGCUAUCUAAUUCCCAAGCCAGCGACCCCCGGCAUCGACUUCGCCGGCCGCAUCGUCACGCCCGCAACCGGCUCGCCCUUGAAGCCCGGCCAGCUCGUCUUCGGCAUGGCCGGUACUAACCCCUUGGCCGGCGGCGCGCUGGCCGAGCUCGCUCUCGCCGAAAAGGAAACCACAGUCGCUCUCCCGGAUGGCGUCGAUCCUGUUGACGCAGCAACCAUUGGCGUAGCAGGCCUGACGGCCUAUCAGUCUAUUGUGCCGAACGUCAAGAAGGGCGAUCACAUCUUCAUCAACGGCGGCUCAGGUGGCACAGGUGUAUUUGGGAUCCAGAUCGCGAAGGCGGUAGGAUGUCAUGUGACGACGACUUGCUCGAGCGCGAAUAUCGAGCUUUGUAAGAGCCUCGGCGCAGAUGAGGUUGUGGACUACAGGAAACAGACCGUGGUCGAGGCGUUGAAGGCGAGUGGGCGCAAGUUUGAUCACGUCGUCGACAACGUGGGCGCGGAUCCAAAGCUGUAUUGGCGGUGUCAUGAGUAUACGACCUCUCAGGCUGUGUAUGUCAUGGUUGGAGGGACGCCUUCGCUUGGUUACGCGGUCGCUAUGUCCAAGAUGAUGCUGUGGCCUGGUUUCCUGGGCGGCGGGAAGCGAAAGUUUGCUGGUUUUUUCUCGAAACCGAAGUAUGAAGACUUGGAGCAGAUUGGGAUGUGGAUGAAGGAGGGAAAGGUCAAGCCUAUCAUUGAUCAAAAAUAUCCAUUUGAGCAGGCGCCGAAGGCGUUUGAGAAGUUGAAAACGGGGAGGGCGAGAGGGAAGAUUGUGGUUGAUGUUGCUUCUGAGACGUAUAGGAAAGCGUGGUCAGAGUGA